GCUGCUGGACUCAAUAACUCUAGAGGUCCCUUCCAAACCCUACAAUUCUGUGACUCUGAUUUUGUGAUGCUUCUUAUACUUCUGUGUUCUCUGUGCCUUUACUCCUGUGACUCUUGGGCCAAAUUAUAAUUCAUUAGCUCUUCUCCUCAUAUUUCUUUCACAAGAUGUUAGUACAGAACAGCACUGCCCUAAAUCUUUAAUCUCUCCUACCACAUGAUUUCUGAUUACGCCUCUGUCUCUGCUUUCUGCCUUAACUGCUAAGCUGGUGCAGUUCACUGAGAGGAGUGAAGAUUAGGAUGGUAAAUGCAGACACGUUUCACCAGGCAGAUAUAUAUGUAGCUUUGUAAAUUACUGUUUCAGAACAGAUACCACAGUUCCAGAGGAUGCCAGUUUCAGCCCCAGGCACAGACAGACGGCAGAGAGCCUCAGCAGCAUUUUUUCUCAGUUUUCUCUCAUUAGUUUUCUCUGUUACAGCAUUCAGUAGCAAUUACUGGUGUGAAGGGACAAGAAAAGUUGCCAAACCUUUCUGCAUAGGACAGGCCAAAGGAGAUAACUGCAUCCGCUUUAAUAGCCCCGAUGCCAACAACAGCAAUGCUGUGCAAUAUAUCUGGGAGACAGGAGAUGACAAGUUUGUUGACCGAAAGUUUCAUGCUGGGAUUUGGUAUUCAUGUGAAGAAAUUAUAAAUGGGGAAGGUGAGCAAUGUAGAAGUUUUAUCAGUUUGACUCCAGCUUCUGAUCGAGGGGUUUUAUGGCUGUCUAUUGUAGCAGAGCUACUCUAUAACAUUUUGCUUCUGUCUGGAGUUGUUCUUAUGUCAGUAGAAAUGUGCUACUGCAGUACUGUCAUCGAUGGGUUAAAGAUCAACGCCUUUUCUGCAGUUGUCAUCGUACUAGCAGGUACAAUUUAGGGUUUCAAUUUAUUAUAUUCAGAAAAUUUAACUUUGAUAGAGUUCUAGCUGGAGAUUAAUAACAGUGUGUAGGGUUGUGAACUAUUACCAUAUUUACUGAGACAUUAAUAACACACUGCUGUUUUUAAUUGGAAAAUAUUAUUGUCAUUUCUUAAUAU